GCCGCAGAGGAUAAAAACCCGGAAAUACGGUCUCGAUGGAUAGGGUUUACACGUCACUCAUUAGUUCGAACGACCCGCCGCCUUGCGGCCCAACAAAGAUGGAAAACCCUAAAGAAGCAAAGCAAGCCAUUUUUCCUAAUCCAAUACCGCCACGUGUCAGUCAUCUUUUCCUCCUUUUAUGUUUGCCUCACUCCUCUUUCCACGCUCAUCCGGUUUCCCUUCUUCAUCUCCGACCGCCAUUGCCACCCAAUCGGAGCCCUAAAAUUCCCUCUUACAUUCAAUCUCAAUUCCUCUGGUUCGCGACAAAAUUCUUCUGCUGUUGAUGUUUUCGUUUCACCUGGAAAUGGUGGAACAAUACGUCAUCGAUUGUAUUCCAUCGAAAACCUGGUUCCACAAGAGGAAAAAAAACUCUUCCGAAUUGAAUAAUUCAAGAUCCGUCUCUGUCAAAUUUGUAUAUUAAUCGAAAAUUUUGUACAGUUCACCUUCAUCUUCUUCGUCACACGUUUUCUAGAUUCGGUUGUAGACUGAAGAACUGGCGCCGGAGAUUUGAGCUUUGAAGUUUAGAAAAAUCUCGAUCGUUCAUUUUCCGUUCUGUUUCUGGUUUUUUUUUUUUUUUUUUUUUUUUUUUUGUUUCAGUGAAGCUUUGUAAAGGUGGCGAAGAUGAAUUUAGGAGCGGCGGAGGAAGAAUCGCCGCAGGAGAUUCAUAUUCCGGCCGAAAUCGAUUGGCAAAUGCUCGAUAAAUCCAAAUUCUUCUUCCUCGGUGCGGCGUUGUUUUCAGGUGUUUCUGCGUCUCUUUACCCUAUGGUAGUGUUGAAAACUCGACAACAGGUCGCUCAUUCGCAGCUUUCUUGCAUCAGAACCGCCUUCCACCUUGUCCGGCACGAAGGUUUCCGAGCUCUCUACCGUGGAUUUGGGACUUCUCUGAUGGGGACUAUCCCGGCUAGGGCUCUGUACAUGGGAGCUCUUGAGUUUACUAAGAGCUAUGUAGGGACUGCCACUGUUAGAGUCGGAUUUCCAGAGGCCACUGCCGCUACCAUUGCUAAUGCAGCUGCUGGAUUGAGUGCUGCAAUGGCUGCUCAGCUUGUGUGGACUCCUGUUGAUGUUGUGAGUCAGAGACUCAUGGUUCAAACUCAUUUCAACAAUCCUAAUCCUUCCUCGACUCGUUACAUUAAUGGAGUCGAUGCAUUCCGUAAGAUCCUCAAUGCCGAUGGUAUCCGAGGCUUGUAUCGAGGUUUCGGGAUAUCGAUUUUGACAUAUGCACCGUCGAAUGCAGUGUGGUGGGCUUCUUAUUAUGUAGCACAGCGGUUAGUAUGGGGCGGAAUUGGAUGCUAUUACUCAAAGAAGCUUGAUGAAGGCAAUGAAAAUGGAGGUUCAAUCGUUUACAGACCGGAUUCCAAGACGGUGAUCGCAGUACAGGGCGCGAGCGCAGCCAUGGCAGGGAGUAUCUCAGCUCUGAUAACAAUGCCCCUCGAUACAAUCAAGACGAGAUUGCAAGUUUUGGAUGGGGAUGAGAAUGGUAGACGAGGGCCAACAAUUGGACAGACAUUGAGAAAUCUGGUGAGGGAAGGCGGGUGGACGGCGUGCUACCGAGGGUUGGCGCCGCGAUGCGCGUCGAUGUCGAUGUCUGCAACGACAAUGAUCACUACAUAUGAGUUCUUGAAACGGCUAUCAACCAAGAAUCGAGAGGGAUUAACAAGCUGAACAAACAAACAGCAGGAAGAUAAUGAUGAUGAUCACGUCAUUUUCUGGAACUGUCUCUGAUAAUUCUCCUUUUUGUUGAUGUAAUGCAAGGUAUGGCAAUGUUCAUAUAUAAAAUGUAUAGAAAUAAUUACUUGCUGUAAAAUUGGUAGCUUUUUUCUUCCAUUUUCCCCCACUAUAUUUAUGUUUUUAGAGUAUUUUUUUCAUGGAGUUAAGAAAAAAUUGAAGAACUGGAGAUUAUCCAGAUGAAUUAA